AUGGAGAUCUGGCAGAACAUUUUUAUGGAGAAGUUGAAUAAAAAACAUAUAACAGAGCCAUGGAAACUUCUAGAGGACAACACCAUCCAGGUGAACAUCCUCAAGCCUCGCUGGACAGAGCACAUGCAGCGCUCUGUGUUCGGGAGGUUUCAGUGCUCCAGGUGCUGUCACAUCUGGUCAUCAGCCAAGGUGCACAUCCUGUUCCACAUGCGCCGGAGCCGAAGCCGGAGCUCAGGAAGAGUGCGGAUGAGAAUCUUCCGCCAGGCAUGCAGGCAGUGCCCUGGUGGCCUGCUGGAGGAGCCCAGCUUCAGCCAGGAGAGCUUGGCCAGGGUCCUGGAAAAUCUGGUGCUAGCGAUCCUCCAGGAGUGCUACCAUGUACCGGUGCAGGCCUCGGAUUUCCUUGAAGUGAUUGUGGAAGCGCAGRCAACAGGGCCGCAUGAGAGCAGGCGCUGCGAGGCCUGCCAGCUCGGGGUUUGCCAAAGGCCAAGGCCCGUGCCGGCUGCCUCAAAGCGGGUGAAAACGGGCAGCACCCGCGGAGAUCAGGGCCCGAGGCAGCAAGUGACCCCGACACGCUGCGUGCCUUCCUUCAGCAGCACCUCGCGCUGGAAGCGUUACUGCUGCGUCGGGGUCUGCUUGCUCUGCGUGUUGGCGUUGCUCCUCUUUCUUACUGUUUAUUUCAACAUCAACUAG